AUGUACCCCGGCAACAAGCGGAAAAAGCUGUGGCGGGAGGAGAAAGAGCGUUUGCUGAAGAUGACCUUGGAAGAAAGACGCAAAGAGUACUUGGGGGAUUAUGUUGCAUUGAAAACUAUUCCAACAUGGAUGGAAGACUUGAAAAGUAAGAGUGAAAGUGAUGGUGAAAAUGCUAAAGAAGAUAUGCAAGGGAAGAAAAGUCUGAGUGAGAAAGUUUCUCUCUAUAGAGGUGACAUUACACUGCUUGAGGUUGAUGCCAUUGUUAAUGCUGCUAAUUCCAGCCUUCUUGGAGGUGGAGGAGUGGAUGGCUGCAUACACCGAGCUGCCGGGCCCUGCUUAGUGGCUGAGUGUCGCGACCUGAGCGGCUGUGAGACUGGACAGGCGAAAAUUACCUGUGGAUAUGACCUACCUGCAAAAUAUGUGAUCCAUACUGUUGGGCCAAUUGCAAGAGGCCACCUCACUGACACUCAUAAAGAAAACUUAGCAAGUUGCUAUAAGUCCUCUCUGAAACUGGCAAAAGAAUACAACAUCAGAUCAAUCGCUUUUCCCUGUAUUUCAACCGGAAUUUAUGGUUUUCCAAAUGAACCUGCUGCUGUCAUUGCCCUUAACACUAUCAAGGAAUGGUUAAGCAAGAAUCACAAUGAGGUGGAUCGUAUCAUCUUCUGCGUCUUUUUGGAGGUUGACUACAAAAUUUUCAAGAAGAAAAUGGGCGAGUUUUUCCCUCUAGGUGAUGCUGAUGAAGAAGAGGCUCAGCUGAGUCAAGCGAGAGAAGGCCAGCCUCCAUCUCCCACAAAGAGCAAAGAAGAGCAGCCUGAGGACCUGCAGGAUGAUGCUGAAGGUGAUAAUGGUGCAGUGGAUAAGCAAAACACCGAUGAAAGUAAGACCCAGAGCCAAGAAGCAGGCAAAACAAAACCUUUAGUUGUAGCCAGCCUAUCAUCAGAAGACAUUGAGCUGAGCGAGAAUAAAGAUUCCUUGAAAGACUCCAAAGGUAUGCAGAAGAGUGUUUCAGUGCAUCCUGUGGUGUGUGAACAAGAUCAAGCCAAAGGACAAUGGGAUGUUUCUGCAGAUGAGGAGAUAAAAACUGGGGCAGAUUCCCAAGGCUCCUGCGUGAAAAUGGAAGAUCCACUGUUGAACCAAGAAGACGCAACAGAAUUUGAGGUACCUUUGAUUCUUGGUGCAGAGGAAAAGGAAGAAGGAAAAGAAGAAGGAGGGAUACAAGAACAAGAAGAAACUUCUAUGGAGCCUAUGAAAAUUGACCUUGCAAGCCAAGCAGCAGAUGUUUCAAAUAAAGAUGCUGAAAUGAAUAGUCAAGUUGAAACAAUAAAUGAUCCUAUGGAAACAGAGCUGAAAGCUUAAGUAACAGAAAGGAUGCAGGAGAGGAGAGACCCAAGGAAACCCUACGGGCAGGCGCUGACAUCCUACAGCAUCAUUCUUGGCCAAAAAGAGCAGACACA